UUCAUUUAAUUAAAUAAUUUUUAAUUCAAAAUGGAUAAUGAUCAAACAACACGCAAUAAACGAAUUGAUUGUCCAACAUUUUUUAGUGCUCUUGGUAUAACAUUAGGUUUUUCGGCAUUUGUGACGUUUUUUAUUUUAGAAAAUUAUGAUGCAGCAAUUUGGGCAUUUGCAUCGUUUGUGGUCGCAUCGAUAUGCUUCUAUUUAAAUUAUUUGGAUAUGAAAAAACGCAUUCCAGAAAAGUAUGAUAUCAAUGAUGUACAGGAUAUGCAAGGAUUGGGGAUUGUAUUUGCUGUAGUUGGAUUGUCUGGUAGUCUGUGGUAUACUUUCAAAUUCUUUUAUUAUCAUAUACCUGUAAUGCCAAUUGAUCACAGUGUUGCCAUUGCCAUGGUCUGGGCUUUCAUGACAAUGAAAUGGGGUUUACAGUUAACAUACUACACGCAUGUUUAUAAGAAACAAUUGCGUAACAGCAGAUUAUUACCAUAAACAGAGCAGAAAAUAACGAAACACAAAGGGUCCAUUGUUUGUUUUAAUUCUACUAUCGAAAUGUUAUUUAUAUAAAAUACGAAACUUCAGAGUCUUGUUGACCCUUUAUUUGUGCUGAUCAUCGAUGCUCACGCUUUAUAAGAAACAAAAUGUCUUUCAAGACGAAAUUUUCAGAUUCAGCUUUUUGACAAAAACCAUAUUUUAUACCAAAAAACAAGAAAUAGUAUACAGACAGAUCUCUUUUACUGUCAAAAUGUCUUUCAUGACAAUUUCAGCUUUAUAACAAAACAAAACCAUAUUUUAUACCAAAAAGAAAUAGCAUAGAGACCCUCAUUUUACUUUCACAAAAAGUCAAAAUCUUUAUUUUUGUAUGGUAGCUGAAUUUUUUGACAAUUUUUUUUUACAAAAUUUAGUUUUAAAUAAGCGUUGAUAAGUGAUAUUUUUCAUAAAAAUUCAGGUCUAAUUUUUCUUAGUGUAAAUUAUGAACUUAUAAACAGGAACAUUUUAUAUUAAAGAUAGUAUAUGUAUUUAUUAGUGAUGUGACGAAUAUUCGCCAUAUUUUUUAACAUUCGCAAGAAAUUUAUGCGGAUGUUUUGGACUAUAGAUAAAGAAUAUAUAACAAUUUGCGAGCGCUUCAUUUGAAAAAAUUGGCAUUCGCGAAUAUUGGAAAUAAACAUUCGCCUUUGCAUUUGCCAACGUACAAAAUACAACAUUCCUCCCAUCACUAAUAUUUAUAGAGAGUGAAUCAUUUCCAUCGAUAACGGAAAAAUCUUGUAGCUUCUAUCCAAUCGCAGUAACAAACACAAGUUGACUUUUUGAUGACCCUGAAGGUCAAGAUCAAAUUCAAGGUGUCUAAAAGAUGUCCGCCCUUUGUUUUCGACAUUUUUCUUUUUUUUUUAGCCACACUACGAGAUUUUUCCACUUAUUAUCGAUUUAAAUCGUUCUAUUUUGAAUAACACAUGAAUCUAUCCUGUUUAUAAGACCGUGAUAAUUGAAUGUACAAGGUGAUUGAUUAAUUCUAAUAAUAGUUCCUUCAAUAAUCCAAAUAUUUACGUUAUAUCAGAGAAUUUAUACAAAGCAAACAAAUUGACGUUAAGAUUAAAAAUAAUUCUAUAGCGUUAAGUACAAAGUUUUACCCAUGGAGACUACACGAGGAGAUCGAACACAAACAGAAUUCAGCGUCACUAUUUGUUUCUCAUUUGUUUACAUAGAGUUCGAUCUCCUUUAAAUUUCGAUUUUUGCCACAAUUUCCUAGAUCAGUUUUUUGU